AUGUUACUCACGAUUAAACAGCCAGUCCAUCACGGCUACAAAUAUUUCCAUGACUAUUCGCCACCAACACCACCAGCUAGCUGUCGUUUCCCCCCAGCGGUGCCAACUACUAGCUCUUCAAUUUCCUUUAUACCAGCAACAUCGCAGUCUCUUCCUCCUUUAGCACUUACAAAAUCGGCAAAUAUGUCGACUUCCCAUCGUGGGUUACCUCCCAUGACAUUACCACAACCACCACAACAAGUAGUCCCAGCAUCAUUGAAUCAGCCAACGAGUUCAUUGCAAUUACCAGCUCCACCUCAGCAAUGGCAAGGUGCAGAAGAGUCGAUGAGGAGUUGGCUCCAAGCAAAGGCCGAAGAGGACAAACGAAAGCAGGAGGAGGAGAAGACGAGGCAAGAAGCACUUAGGUUGGAGCAGAGGAAGAUCGAGCAAGAUAUGCUAAGAACUUCUUUGGCGGGAGGAAUCCCCCCAUAUAUGAUUCCUAUGAUUUUUGCUGGAAUGGGCGGCGGCAACCUACCAAACGCUAGCUUAGAAUGGGCUCAACACUACAUGGCGCAAGCACAUCAACUGCAACAACAACAACAACAACAAGUCCAUCAGCAAUUAGUGCCGGGACAAAGCCAACAUACUUCACCUGAGCAAAUGCAACGCAGAGACUCACGGCCAGCAUUUGGAGGUCAACAUCCAGUUCCCGUCACUCUACCUUCAACGCCUAUAGGACCUACUGGAUCAGUAUUUCUUCCAAGUUAUCAGAUGUCUCCAGGCUCAAGAUCUAGGCAAAUCGCGGGCUCCUUAGCUAGAGCAACUGCAAAUUCCCAGCUCCCAGAAUUGAAUACAGGAGAAUUGCUUAUCCAGCCACCUCCAGCAGCUUCUAGUAUGCAUGUAUUACCAGGGCAGUCAGGCCAUCCAUUAGCACAAUCGCAAAGCGCCCAGCAGCAACAGGAAGCUCAAUCUUCGCCUUCGAUAUACUUUCACCAUUGGCAACCGCCCACAUCACAAGCAGAUCAUGUUUCUUCACCGAAAAAACGGAAAGCAACGGGGCCUCAACAACCGGCUCCACCGCCAACUUCACGACCACAAUAUACUUCCCCUUCAUUUUCACAGGCAGGAUAUUCGAUAUCGGGCACUCCAUCGAGUAGACGCCGCGGGCAUUCAAGAAAUCGAAGUGAUCUUUCAGCUCGCGGAGUUGAUUCACAUGGCCGCCCAUCAAGUCGCCAUAGACAUACUGAAAGUGGCUUCAGCAAUAAAAGCCUACCUUCACCAGCUCACUCACAAAUCCAAGAGCAAGGAUCAGCGCCUGUAGAAACACGCAGGCACUCAGGAGGUUCGAACACUGUCUCGUCCUUACUCGAACAUAGUGAUUCCCGACCACGAGCGCAUUCUCAAACUCAAAAUCAGCAAAGCCAGUUUCAACGAGAUCGAGAACGUCACUAUUCUGUAGUGUCGGAGAUUGUACGUGAGGAAAGGGCUACAGAGGGAGAAGAGGCACGACGUUCUAACAAGCGAAACGAUGGCAGAAAUUAG